UGGGUAUAAUAAGGGCCAUGCUGGGGGAUCAAAGCCGGAUCCACUUCUGGUUUAUGGAGGUUGAAAAAGAGAGCCGGGAAAGAAGACUGACAUUUGACCUCAGAUUUGACCUGAAGAAAACCUGGCGACGGGGGUUGAGCGGUGGAAAAGUCGUAAGGAGUAAUUUCGGCGCGUCGGUAUCUCGUUCGCCGGGAACACUGGAGUCGCCACCGUACGCUUAUUGAUCCCGUUGGUGAAAAGAUGGCGGCCGCGACGCCCCGCGUCCUCGCGAUUAUCCUGCUGAUCUUCGGUCAACUUCGCACAGGACGAACCGCCGAUGGGACCUCGAAGACGUUCACGUUUCCGGAAUUUCCGUACAAGGAAACGGGAAAAAACGAGCUGCUCUUCAGGGAGUUCGAACAGGCCUGCGAGCAGAGCGGAGCCUGCAGGAUGCUGCAGCAACAGGGUAACAGCAUAACGAAGGUGCGAUGCAUCAGGGAAUGCGUUUCGCCAUCCUGUUACCAGGAGAUCUACCUUCCCGACCAGUUGGAGGAGGGAGAAAUUGACGUAAGACUGAAUUCCUUCAAGGGUUGCUUCAUGCAGCGAAGUGGCCGACCCCGGAAAUAACUUAUGCAUUAUACGGCAUAAUUUUUCAACCCUCAUCACGUAUAUGUAUUCGAGAUUCGAUCACGCCAGGUAGUGUAUCUAUUAGUAAUUGAAUUCUUUUUAACGUUCGAUAAAUUUUUCUAAUUAUAUCACGAAUUUAAACUAGUAUUUAGAUUAUACAUACAUACAUGUAUAAGUAUAUAUAUAUAAUUAAUGGUAAACUGAAGUGAAAUACUCGUGGCUUUAAUAUACUUAUCUACACCGUCGCCUACGCUAGGUACGCGUUUGUGUGUAUCCAUAGUAAGUAAAAAAAAAUACAAAUUUUGCGGUACCGAGCGCGAUACUUUCUAUAUACAAUUUUUAAAUGCAGACGUGUAACGCACGUAAAUAUUGUAAUCGCCUUUUAAAGUUUUACGUAUAUUUAUUACGAAAGAAUUGACACUAUCUAGGUACUAUUAUAAUAACUAUGCUAAUGCUAUUUUCAAUAAUAAAAAAUCAUUUAUA